CCCGCCUCGGGCCGCCCCGCCGCCCGGCAUGGAGGAGAGCUCCAGCUGCGAGAGCCUCGGCGCCGGGCGGGCGGCGGCGGCGGCGCCGCGGCCGCCCAGCGGCGACUCCCUCUCCAGUGCUUCCACUUCUCAAUCGGACCAUUCUACUCACACCAAAUCUGUCUCUGCUAUAUCAUCUGACUCGGUCUCCACCUCGGCAGAGAACUUCUCUCCAGAUUUAAGGGUCCUGAGGGAGACUAAUAAAUUGGCUGAAAUGGAAGAGCCACCUUUGCUACCAGGAGAAACCAUUAAAGACAUGGCUAAGGAUGUUACUUACAUCUGCCCCUUCACUGGAGCAAUCAGAGGAACCCUUACUGUUACCAAUUAUAGGCUGUAUUUUAAAAGCAUGGAACGGGACCCUCCUUUUGUCCUAGAUGCAUCUUUAGGUGUAAUUAACAGAGUGGAGAAAAUUGGAGGCGCUUCCAGUCGUGGUGAGAAUUCAUAUGGGCUGGAGAUUGUGUGCAAGGACAUCCGAAGCCUGCGGUUUGCUCAUAAGCCCGAAGGCAGAACGAGACGAUCCAUAUUUGAGAACCUGAUGAAAUAUGCUUUCCCAGUUUCAAACAAUCUGCCACUUUUUGCAUUUGAGUACAAAGAGGUUUUCCCAGAAAAUGGAUGGAAGGUGUAUGACCCCACUUGGGAGUACAGAAGACAGGGAAUUCCCAAUGAAAGCUGGAGGCUGACCAAGAUUAACGAGCGCUAUGAGCUCUGUGAUACCUACCCUGCCAUUCUAGCUGUGCCUGUAAACAUUCCUGAUGAAGAACUAAAGAGAGUAGCAUCUUUCAGAUCCAGAGGACGCAUACCAGUUUUGUCAUGGAUUCACCCAGAAAGCCAAGCGACCAUCACUCGCUGUAGCCAGCCCAUGGUGGGAGUGAGCGGCAAGCGGAGCAAGGAGGAUGAGAAGUACCUUCAGGCCAUCAUGGAUUCUAAUGCUCAGUCCCAUAAAAUCUUCAUCUUUGAUGCAAGGCCUAGUGUGAAUGCAGUAGCCAAUAAGGCCAAAGGAGGGGGCUACGAGAGCGAGGACGCCUACCAGAACGCAGAGUUAGUGUUCCUGGACAUUCACAACAUUCACGUUAUGAGGGAGUCGCUGCGAAAACUGAAGGAGAUUGUGUAUCCCAACAUUGAGGAGACUCACUGGCUGUCCAAUUUAGAGUCAACUCACUGGCUAGAGCAUAUCAAGCUCAUUCUCGCUGGAGCGCUUCGGAUCGCUGACAAGGUGGAGUCGGGGAAGACCUCUGUGGUUGUGCACUGCAGCGACGGCUGGGACCGGACAGCCCAGCUCACCUCUCUCUCUCUGCUCAUGUUAGAUGGCUACUACCGAACUAUCAGGGGCUUUGAAGUGCUGGUGGAGAAGGAGUGGCUGAGCUUCGGCCACAGAUUUCAGCUGAGGGUUGGACAUGGAGAUAAGAACCAUGCAGAUGCUGAUCGCUCUCCAGUCUUCCUCCAGUUCAUCGACUGUGUCUGGCAAAUGACAAGACAGUUUCCUACAGCAUUUGAGUUCAACGAGUAUUUCCUGAUAACCAUCCUGGAUCACUUGUAUAGCUGUUUGUUUGGGACCUUCCUGUGCAGCAGUGAGCAGCAGAGAGUGAAGGAGAGCCUUCCGAAAAAGACCGUGUCGCUCUGGUCUUACAUCAACAGCCAGCUGGAGGAGUUCAGCAACCCCCUGUACGUGAGCUACUCCAACCACGUGCUGUAUCCCGUGGCCAGCAUGCGGCACCUCGAGCUCUGGGUCGGCUACUACAUCCGCUGGAACCCGCGCAUGAAGCCGCAGGAGCCUGUCCACAAUCGCUACAAGGAGCUCCUUGCCAAGCGGGCUGAGCUGCAGAAGAAGGUGGAGGAGCUGCAGAGGGAAAUCACCACACGCUCCUCGUCCUCGUCGGAGCGCGCCGGCUCCCCCGCGCAGUGCGUCGCUCCCGUACAGACGGUGGUGUAAAAGGGGGACUAUUUUUUGCCCUGUACCUUCCCAGGACUGUGGGUGCAGCUGUUCUGAAGCCCUCUGGAUUUCCAGCACAAUGUCUGGGAAAUGCCAACCUAUUUAUUUAUUUCUUUCCAGGGUAAUUUAUUAGUACUGUAGCACUAGAGGAAGCUUAAGCAAAAACAAACAAGGCCCCCUAUGCAACUAACCUUCUCAGUGGCUUGAUGGUAACACAAGCUCAUUGCACUUGCCACCUAAAAGAAACCUAGAGCUCAUUCUUUGUUCACUUCUGUGCUUGAAGUCACCUGGGUUUACAGAGAGAUAGUGCACUGGAAGGAAGUGCUGUGGAGGAAAAAUGCCUACCCAGAAGUUUGAAAACCCUCCCGUUUGCUAGGAGGAAGCACUGAAUGGGACUGUUGUGGAGCCCAGAAGGCAGCUGUGAAGCCACGAGCCUCGCUGUUGGUGUCAGCACUGUGGGGUUGAUGAGGGGAUUUGCCACCAUCCCCAGAGACCAGCAGUGACGGCAUCGCAACCCCACUUCCUUUCUCACUUUCCCCUUCACUCUAGCUCUGAGGAAGCCAUGUAAAUGAGGCCUUAUUUAAAGGAGGGGCAGCUUUUACCACUCCACCAGGGCACGUAGAAGAGCAACCUACAUGAUUUGACUUUGUAGGGUGAAGUUUACUUCCACCUCUGCAUCUUUAUAGUCUCACCUUCAGUUUAUGUGGGCUGUGCCAGGCUGCAGCUCAAGCACCUCUGUUUCUCAGGGGAUAGCAGAGCAUGGCUCCUUAGGCCUUCCUACAGCUCCUCUGGCCUCCAGUGCCUCCUGCUUAGCAGGGGAAAGGGAGUGGGAUACUGAGGGGCACAUGUGAAGUGCUGGGAGCCGCUGUUUCAUUCUGCUUAGUGAUGUUAAUGCUUCUGUGCAGGGUCAGCGUGGUGUGCUGCAGGUAUUUCAGUUUUCUGCUAACUCAUAGAAGCAACUGUGUAUUGACCAAAGAAGCCUUUCUGCCCACAUUGCAACUGCUACUUCAGGCCAUGCUGCCAGGCUAAACAGCUGAGCCCAUGAGAGCCCUACAGUUAGGUCUUCUUGCCUCAUGGUGUCCUUCAAGAAUGUGUCACCUGCCCAAAGUCCAAAUUCAACUUUAAUACAAAAUGUUACUGUACAAAUGGAGAUAAAAAAAAGACAUUUGGUGAAAACCAUGACUGCCCCAUUGCUCUUCCCAACAGCCAUGUGCAGGGCUGUAAAAGAACAGAGUUACAAGUUGUGCAGGGGCAGGAUCUUCCUUCCUUCCCUGUGAAAGCAGAGGGGACCCUAGACUGGGGUCCCCUGUUCCAUACACCCCUCUGCAGCGUGCACCACUCAGCUUCUCUCCCACCAUGAAGUAUUUUGUGAGAGAGCACCGGAGUGGACCAAGACCAACUUAUGCCUGAGAAACUUCCUUUCAAAAGCCACCUUCCCGCUGAGGCAGCAGCAGCAGCAUCCCCCUGCAGUCUCAGGGUUGAACCCUGGGGUUCAACGGUGCACAGACUCCCCUCACAAUACCUUCUGAAGGACUUGGGUUUGCUUUAAGGUUCAAGGGCAGCUCUGCUCUCGCGUACAAUCACCACAGAAGAUGGUUCACAGUGUUACUCUGUAUUAGCAAACUGACCCUGUGUGUAUAUUUUGUUCCUUGAUGAAGGCUGUUUGGUUUCCUGAACACUAAUAAAAAUGGUAAGUGGGUAAA